GUGCAGCGAAAAGCUCUAGGGCCUACCUACAUUCUAAGAUACGAAUCCAGAAACAAAGGGUGUGAACACAGGCAGCAUCGCUGGUUCUAUGGCUGUGGGAAUUAGCCACUCCCAAAUGGAAGAGUUGGAGCUACCAUCAUGUCGUUAAACAAGUACAGCAAAAACUCAUGAUAAAGUUGCAGACAGUUGAGAAGAAACUUUACUGGAGGAAAUUAAAGCUGCAGUGACCGAAGUUAAGUACAAUUUGCCAGGGACAAUGGACAACUAUCUUUCAUCAGAUGAACCCAAUUGUAACUGUGGCUGCUGAUUGGAGCUGGACAAAGUGGUCAUAUCGAACCAACCACUAAUUAGCUGGGAUGGAUGUGGAGUUGUACAUGGAUGGCAGUGCUGCUAUGGACAGUGGUAGCGGGCCAAGACAUGGUAACAUCCAUACCCCCGGGAGAAUCAGGGGUAGCUACCCCUACACUGCAGAAGGGCCAAGUGAAACCCAUCAUCAGGUCCCUCCAUAUAACGACUGAUAUCAAGAACCGCUACGCCACAACCCUUGUGUCUACUCGGGUUAUCAACCCUCUCAACCAGUCGGGGGAAGCUACCUUCACAGUAACAUUACCUGAGUCUGCCUUCAUCUCCGAGUUCUUGAUGGAAAUCAAGGACAAGGUGUACAAAGCAUAUGUAAAGGAAAAGGAAGAGGCCAAGGCCAUAUACCAAGAGGCCGUUAACGCUGGACACUUUGCUGGCCACGUAGCUCUAGAUGCUAGGGAUUCCAACCAAUUCACAGUAUCCGUCAACAUAGAAGCUCACGGCAAGGUGACCUUCAACCUGACCUACGAACAAUUGCUGGCUAGAAACCUUGGAGUGUACUCCAACGUAAUCAACAUAAAUCCUCAACAGGUUGUGGAUGACAUGUCUGUGGUAGUCAACAUCAAAGAACCAACUGCAAUCAUCAACCUAGAAGUACCUGAACUGCAGAUUUCCAAUGAGGCUAUCCCUGAAAAAGAAAAUAAGCAAGCUAAAAUAGAAGAUUUAAGUCCAAAUGAAAAGAAAAUAACUUGGGCUCCGACAGCAGAGGAACAGAGAAGCCAAAACAGUUCUGGCUUAAGUGGACAAUUCAUGGUCAAAUAUGAUGUUGACAGAACACAAAACCCUCAACAAAUCCUUGUGGAUGAAGGUUACUUUGUACACUUCUUCGCUCCAGAAAGCCUACCUAAGCUGAGAAAGCACGUCAUAUUUGUUUUGGACUACAGCGGUUCAAUGAGCGGUAGAAAACUGGAACAGCUAAAAGAAGCAAUGAAGCAAAUAUUUACCGAACUUGGUCCCAAAGAUUAUUUCAGUAUUGUUAUUUUCCAAAGUUGGGUUGAGGUGUGGUCCCCUACUGGUAUGUACAUUACAAGUGUGCCCUCUUACGUACAUCCCAUGGAUGCUGCUAAGAUUGAAAGGGAAAACAAGAACAAGACUUUAAGCAGCCAGUUUGUCGUGGAAGCAUCGCCUGCCAACAUUGAGCUGGCUCGUUCAUUCAUGGAGAAUUACACCGAUCUUGGAUCUACAAACAUUAUUGGAGGGUUGAGAACUGGUCUGGAGCUGGUGAAGAUUGCAGAUGACCAAUGGGCCAAUGAGAGUGAUCCACCACAGCCUGUUAUGGUGUUCUUGACCGACGGACAACCCAACGUCGAAGAGUACGAUACUGACGCCAUCAUCAACAAGACCAAGGCACUCAACACUAAACAGUGCCCAAUCUUUAGCCUGGCCUUCGGUUAUGGUGCGGAAUUCAACUUCCUGCGCAAACUGUCUCUGCAGAAUUCAGGUUUUGCGAGAAACAUUUACGAAGGAGCAGAUGCAACUCUACAGCUCAAGAACUUUUACAAGACAAUUGCGUCUCCUAUCUUGUCCAAUGUCACAUUCAACUAUCUCCCAGGACAGGUGGAUAAUUCUUCCAACACCAAGGUGGAGUUCCCUGUGUUCUUCAGUGGGUCUGAACUUGUAGUGGCUGGCAAGAUCAACAAUGGUGAUGAGAGCGCUGACAGAAACAUCGGACAACUUAGAGGUGUAUCUGCCACGGGUCUUCAGUCGUUUGACAUCAUAAUACCACUAACUAUGUUCAAACCGAAAAAUAGAUCUAUAGGUCAUCUUGAGAAGUCUUGGUCAUAUUUGACAAUCCAACAACUCCUGGACAAAAUGGAUUCUCUCGAUGAUGGAGAAGAAAAAAAUAAAACCAAGAAACAAGCUUUGGACUUGGCUCUGCAGUACGCAUUUGUUACACCUCUGACCUCACUAGUCGUGGUUAAACCCAACGAAACUGAAUCUUCAGUGGAUGCAACUAAAAUCAACCCAGGCUUGGAAACCCCUCAGGGACUGAGUGGAGCAAUGUUUGCGUCAUCAGGGUUUUCUGGUGGUGGAGCGUUGAAUUUCGCUGUACCAAUGGCAGCUUCAGCCUUCGGAGCAGGAGGAUACGGAGGAGGAUUUCCAUCAGCGGCGAGGCCCGCAGUGCUGAGUACAAUAAUGCCUCAUGGGGGAAUGAUGGGUUUAAGACGUCCAUCUCCACCAGCUUAUAAUGGAUUUACAGUAAAUGGGCUCGCAGGUGGGAUGGCACCUGCUAUGGAAGAACUGGAUUCGUUAUUGGGUCCAGUACCUGUUACUCCUACGAAAGUCAAACUUGAAGACAUUAGAUGGCUCCAGCAAGCACUGAAUGCCACUGAAAAGACAAUCACUUUGGAAGGCAACCAGUACAAACUCGGCUUAAACGAGACAAAUGUUCACCAUGGAACUUGCCAGGCUGAUAAAGAUGUUGGGGAGUGCCUGCAUAUUCAGUAUUGCGCUCUGGACGUAUUCCAAGAUGACAUCUCCCAGUUUCUACCUUACCAGUGUAAAAUUUCUGGAAAUUUCCUGGGAGUAUGUUGCCCAACCUCUCUUGUUUGAGACAUGAAAACAACAGGACGAAGAACAACUUAUUGUUAAGAUUUUGUAAUAUGGAUAUUAAACACUACAGACUUUUUAAGAA